AUGCAUUGCCAAUUUCUCAUAACCUCGCUGCUGCUCCUCGCCAAAGCCUUUGCCGAGCAAGGAUCCAAUUACAAUGUCAGUCGUGAAUUCGCGCUGGCCAAUGGCUGCGGAGAUGCAUGCCAGAAGAACAUGGCCGCUGCCAACCAACAAGACCUCGAAACCUUUGGCCAAGACUUUGACUUUGACUUUUACAAGACGGCUGCCAACUUUAGCACCUCCAAAGCCGGCGACGUGCUCAAGCUUCAGCCCUUGGAUCCAAAGCCAUUGAAUAUUAGGUCUGGGACCAGCAUCUACCGCCUCCAGUACAGCUCCAAGGAUCUCAAUGGCUCCCUGGUUCCUGCUACCGCAUUCCUCGCGCUUCCAUUCGCACCGCGACCAGCAGCCAAGGACUGCAGCAAAAACAGCAACUCUACCGUGUAUCCGCUCGUCGCAUACGCGCAUGGCACAAGCGGCAUCUACCGCGGCUGCGCCCCGUCCAACGGGCCGAGCCUGUACGACUAUGACAGCUGGCAGCUGCUCAUCGAGCGAGGCUACGCCGUCGUCGCCACCGACUAUGCCGGCCUCGGCAGUAACCACACGCUGCACAAGUACGGGAGCUACGUGGCGCAGGCCAACGACGUCUACUUUUCCGUCGUCGCCGCUCGAAGAGCCUUCGGUGGCAGCGCCCUCUUCUCCGAGGAUUGGAUGAGCGUCGGGCACUCGCAAGGCGGCGCCACGGUGUGGAAGCUGUCCGAGAGCGACCUCGUCGCCCGCGACACGCACUACCUGGGCACCGUCGCGCUUGCGCCCGCCGCGCGGCUCUGGACCAUGUUCCGGCUCAACCUCGAGACCGCGGGCGCCUUCUUGGGCUACGCGCCGUACCACGCCAAGGCGCUGCAGCGCGUCCUGCCCGACUACAACCUCAGCGUGCUCGCGGAGCCGCUUCGCAAGCGCGUCAUAGGCGUGGCGGACACGGCGCAGCUGUGUUUCAGUGGCCUGAUGAGCAUGAGCGCCGAUCUGCCAAGCGACCAGAUUGUGUCCUCGGCGGGCAUCCAGCAGGACAAUGCCAAAUUUCAGGCAUGGGAGGAUGAAAUGUCCCCCGGCAAGGCAGGUCGCUGCAGCUCCGGGCCCGUCCUUGUUGUCCAGGGCCUGAAAGACACGGCGGUCCUGCCGCAGGCCACGCGCGAGGUGUAUGACGACGCGUGCAAGUUGGGGAGCGAGGUGCAUCUGCGCGAGUAUCCGCUCAUGGAGCAUUCGCCAGUCAUUCCAGCGGCAGCUCCGCAGUGGCUCGCUUGGGUUGAUGAGAGGUUCGCUCACAAGGCCACGCCUGGUGGCUGCAGCGCGCGAGUCGAGCGUCCUUUUGACUCUUCGCUCGUCAAGGCGCCCGCUGAGGAUUGA